CUGGCUUUGAACCUUGACCCUCAGAUCUCACCACCUAAAUAGCUUGGAUUAUAAGCAUGAGCUACCAGUGCAAGCACUACAAUAUUAUUUUUAUGGUAUAAAAGUAGCACUAACAAGACACGAUGGUAGGUGCCUGUAGUUCCAGCUACUUAGGAGGAUGAGGUCGGAGGAUAGCUUGAGCCUACAAGUCCAAGAACAGCUUGAGCAACAUAGCUAGCUAGCACUAAGUUUGAUGAAGCAAAUACAAUUUAUACUUAAGUUCAUUGGGGGCAAGAGUCUUGAUUAAGAUUUCUUAUCUUGUUAGAUACCUUGAAUCUUUUCUUCAAAUUAGAUUUUUUGGUAGCCUUUUUGGCCUAGAGUCUGUUCCUUUCCCCCUUUUCUCUCCAUAUAACUCACAGAUCUCCUUAUGUCUUUUGAGAAGGUUUCCUGACUUUGUAGAUGACUUUAGGCUGUUUCCUUUGGAGCCCUUGGGUGUCUCUGGAAUUGUAGCUUUCCUUUCUUCGGUGGAGCAGAUCACAAGUCGUGGCACUAAGACCCAGAAGCUGUGUGCUCUGUGUGGCUGGAGCUGGGCAGGCACUGCUUGCACUGAAGGGAAGGAAGUCAUUAGUGCAGACUGAGCUGUGGAGUUGGGUUCUUGCAGGAUUUCCUUCUAGCCUUUCCCCACUAAGGUUCUUGGGAAUUAAAAGAAAAAAAUCCAAACACACAAACCAAGUUUUUCUAUUUACAGGGCUCAGGGAACAUAGAUAUUCGGGAAGGAAAGAUCCUUUCCCCCAAGUUAUCCAAGAAGCAAAGAGAAAACAGCGUAAAGAAGCUCUGAUUACAGAUUUGUGGAAUUUCUUUGCUAAAUUUUAUAAACAAGAAAUCCACUCAGAAUUUUGGGAAUUGCUCCAGGCUGCGCAAGAGGGUUUGAUUGCUUGUCUAAUCUUUUUUUGAGAAGAGGAGAAUUCGCUGAAAGGGGUUUGGAUGGCAGGAGCCCGGAUGGGUUUCCGUCGCAGCGUGCGUUCUUGGUCUCGGUCUCCGUCUCUGCUGUGAGAGAGGGUCUGAGGACGGACGGACAGACAGCUCCGAGACUCUGUUGUGGACUCCGGGUUUCUCUUGUGGGCGCCAGGGAGAGAAAAUGCCCCGCGGCCGGAGUCCGUGGACGGCUGCCGGGGCGUCCUAGCCCAGGCUCAGGGACGCUUUCACUGCGCAGUCAGCAGCACGAAGACUGGACCGCGGGCUUGCUCCUUUCUCGGGGACAUGGGGAAGCCAUAGGGGCCGGGAGGCGGCAGGACAGGCGGCCGCCGCUGCCCCGCGUCCACCCCGAGCCCCUAGUCGGCGCCUUGAUGCUCCUCGCCCCGGCGGUACAAAUAUGAUGAAAUGGCAGCCCCGGAAGAAGGCAUACUUCCGACAGGGUGUUGCCCUCCAGUACCUUGGACGUCAUGCCGAUGCCCUGGCGGCCUUUGCAUCCGGACUGGCUCAAGACCCAAAAAGUCUCCAGCUUCUUGUGGGGAUGGUAGAAGCCGCCAUGAAGUCUCCUAUGAGAGAUUCCCUGGAGCCCACUUAUCAGCAGCUUCAGAAGAUGAAACUGGACAAGAGUCCCUUUGUGGUUGUGUCUGUAGUAGGGCAGGAACUCCUGACAGCUGGCCACCACAGCGCCUCAGUGGUUGUCUUAGAAGCUGCUCUGAAAAUUGGCACCUGCAGCCUCAAGCUGAGAGGCUCUGUCUUCUCUGCCCUGAGCAGCGCUUACUGGUCCCUUGGAAACACAGAGAAGAGCACUGGGUACAUGCAGCAGGACUUGGAUGUGGCCAAGACUUUAGGUGACCAGACAGGAGAAUGCCGAGCUCAUGGGAAUCUGGGCUCUGCAUUCUUCUCCAAAGGAAACUACCGAGAGGCUCUCACGAACCACAGGCAUCAGUUGGUGCUUGCCAUGAAGCUCAAGGACCGGGAGGCAGCUUCGUCAGCCCUAAGCAGUCUGGGCCAUGUGUACACAGCCAUUGGAGACUAUCCUAAUGCCCUGGCCAGUCACAAACAGUGUGUUCUUCUCGCCAAGCAAUCCAAAGAUGAACUUUCUGAAGCCCGAGAACUUGGCAACAUGGGAGCCGUGUAUAUUGCCAUGGGAGACUUUGAGAAUGCUGUGCAGUGCCAUGAACAGCACCUGAAGAUAGCCAAGGACCUGGGAAAUAAGCGAGAGGAGGCCCGUGCCUAUAGCAACCUGGGCAGUGCCUACCACUACCGGAGGAACUUUGACAAGGCCAUGUCUUAUCACAACUAUGUGCUUGAGCUGGCACAGGAGUUGAUGGAGAAGGCCAUUGAGAUGCGGGCCUAUGCCGGCCUGGGCCAUGCUGCCAGGUGCAUGCAGGACCUCGAGAGGGCAAGGCAGUACCAUGAGCAGCAGCUAGGCAUCGCUGAGGACCUCAAGGACCGGGCUGCAGAAGGGCGCGCAUCCUCCAAUCUGGGUAUCAUCUACCAGAUGAAGGGCGAUUAUGAUGCUGCCCUGAAGCUCCACAAGACACACCUGUGCAUCGCACAAGAGCUGAGCGACUAUGCUGCCCAGGGCCGUGCCUACGGGAACAUGGGCAAUGCCUAUAAUGCCCUGGGCAUGUAUGACCAGGCCGUGAAGUACCACCGACAGGAGCUGCAGAUCUCCAUGGAGGUGAACGAUCGCGCCUCACAGGCUUCCACACAUGGCAACCUGGCCGUGGCCUACCAGGCCCUGGGUGCCCAUGACCGAGCCCUACAGCACUAUCAGAACCACUUGAACAUUGCUCGGGAGCUGCGAGACAUCCAGAGUGAGGCCCGGGCCCUCAGCAACCUGGGAAACUUCCACUGCUCUAGAGGGGAAUAUGUCCAGGCGGCCCCCUAUUAUGAGCAAUAUCUCCGGCUGGCUCCUGACCUUCAGGAUAUGGAAGGAGAGGGGAAGGUCUGCCACAACCUUGGCUAUGCCCAUUACUGCCUUGGAAACUACCAGGAGGCAGUGAAAUACUAUGAACAGGACCUGGCACUGGCCAAAGACCUUCAUGACAAAUUGAGCCAAGCCAAAGCCUACUGCAACCUGGGCCUGGCGUUCAAAGCUCUGCUGAAUUUCACCAAAGCUGAGGAGUGUCAGAAGUACCUGCUGUCCCUAGCCCAGUCCUUGAAUAAUUCCCAGGCUAAAUUUCGAGCCUUAGGGAACCUGGGCGAUAUAUUCAUCUGUAAAAAAGAUAUAAAUGGUGCAAUAAAAUUCUAUGAGCAACAGUUGGGUCUAGCUCACCAUGUGAAGGACAGAAGGCUAGAGGCCAGUGCAUAUGCUGCCCUAGGCACUGCUUACCGGAUGGUCCAGAAGUAUGACAAAGCCUUGGGUUAUCACACACAGGAACUGGAGGUCUAUCAGGAGCUGGGAGACUUGACAGGGGAGUGCCGGGCUCAUGGGCACCUGGCUGCUGUCUACAUGGCCCUUGGGAAAUACACAAUGGCGUUCAAGUGUUAUGAAGAGCAGCUGGAUCUGGGGCAGAAGCUAAAAGACCCGAGCCUAGAGGCCCAGGUCUACGGCAACAUGGGCAUCACGAAGAUGAACAUGAAUGUGAUGGAGGAUGCCAUUGGCUACUUCGAGCAGCAGCUGGCCAUGUUACAGCAGCUCAGUGGGAAUGAGUCAGUGCUGGACAGGGGCCGAGCCUAUGGCAACCUAGGGGAUUGCUACGAGGCCCUGGGGGACUAUGAAGAAGCCAUCAAGUACUAUGAGCAGUAUCUCUCUGUGGCCCAGAGUCUGAAUCGCAUGCAAGACCAAGCCAAGGCUUACCGGGGUCUAGGGAACGGACACAGGGCAAUGGGGAGCUUGCAGCAAGCCCUCGUGUGCUUCGAGAAGAGGCUUGUGGUCACCCAUGAGCUUGGGGAGGCCUUCAAUAAAGCCCAGGCCUAUGGAGAGCUGGGCAGCCUGCACAGCCAAUUAGGGAAUUAUGAACAAGCCAUUUCCUGCCUUGAACGUCAACUGAACAUUGCGAGAGAGAUGAAGGACCGAGCCCUGGAGAGUGAUGCGGCCUGUGGCCUGGGCAAUGUCUAUCAGCAGAUGGGAGAGUAUGACACAGCCCUGCAGUACCACCAGCUUGACCUACAGAUAGCAGAGGAAACCAACAACCCCACGUGCCAGGGCCGAGCCUAUGGGAACCUGGGCCUGACCUAUGAGUCUCUGGGCACCUUUGAGAGGGCUGUGGUCUAUCAAGAGCAACACCUGAGCAUCGCCGCACAGAUGAAUGACUUGGUGGCCAAGACAGUGUCCUAUAGCAGCCUCGGAAGGACCCACCAUGCCUUGCAGAACUAUUCCCAGGCAGUCAUGUACCUGCAGGAAGGUUUAAGGUUAGCUGAACAACUGGGCAGAAGAGAAGACGAGGCAAAAAUUCGCCAUGGUCUUGGGCUAUCCCUUUGGGCUAGCGGAAACCUAGAAGAGGCCCAACACCAGCUGUACAGAGCAUCCGCUUUGUUUGAAACCAUCCGGCAUGAGGCACAGCUGAGCACCGACUACAAACUCUCCCUGUUUGACCUACAGACAUCAUCCUACCAGGCUCUGCAGCGGGUGCUCGUCAGCCUAGGCCACCAUGAUGAAGCCCUGGCUGUGGCGGAAAGAGGUCGGACAAGGGCGUUCGCUGAUCUUCUGGUGGAACGACAGACAGGACAACAGGAGUCAGACCCCUACUCCCCAGUCACCAUUGACCAGAUCUUAGAGAUGGUUAACGGACAGCGGGGCCUAGUGUUGUACUACUCCCUAGCUGCAGGCUACCUGUACAGCUGGCUGCUUGCUCCUGGGGCAGGAAUUCUGAAGUUUCAUGAACACUACCUGGGUGAUAACGUGGCAGAAAACCCCAGUGACUUCCAGGCAGGCAGCAGUGGGACCCUUCCACCAGCCACCAGCUCAGCCCUGGAGCAUCACAUCACCAAUGUCCGUGAGGCCCUCGGGGUAGAGUCCUACUACUCCAGGGCCUGUGCUAGCAGUGAGACGGAGAGUGAGGCUGGAGACAUCAUGGACCAGCAGUUCGAAGAGAUGAUCAACAAGCUCAACUCAGUGACCGACCCCACUGGCUUCCUGCGCAUGGUGCGGCGCAACAACCUCUACAACAGGAGCUGCCAGAGCAUGACAAGCCUGUUCAGCAACGCCCUGCUGCCCAACAAGGACGGGGCCUCCUCUCUCCCCAGGAGGCAGAGCUCGCUGGCUAAGCCCCCACUCCGUGUCCUCUACGAUCUGCUCAUCGCACCCAUGGAAGGGGGCCUGAUGCACUCGAGUGGCCCCGUGGGCCGGCACCGGCAGUUGGUCCUGGUCCUGGAGGGGGAGCUCUACCUCAUCCCCUUCGCCCUCCUCAAGGGCAGUGCCUCCAACGAGUACCUGUAUGAGCGCUUUGCUCUCAUUGCUGUGCCCGCCAUCCGCUCGCUGGGGCCUCAGUCCAAGUGCCACCUGAGGAAGACCCCGCCCACCUACUCCAGCUCCACCUCCAUGGCCGCCGUCAUCGGCAACCCCAAGCUCCCGUCGGCUGUGAUGGACCGGUGGCUGUGGGGGCCCAUGCCCUCCGCAGAGGAGGAGGUCUACAUGGUAUCCGAGCUGCUGGGCUGUCAGCCCCUGGUGGGGAGCGUGGCCACCAAGGAGAGGGUCAUGAGCGCUCUCACCCAGGCUGAGUGUGUCCACUUUGCCACCCACAUCUCCUGGAAACUCUCGGCCUUGGUGCUCACGCCCAGCGGGGACAGCAACCCUGCCAGUAGCAAGAGCUCCUUCGGCCACCCGUACACCAUCCCUGAGUCCCUGCGUAUGCAGGACGACGCCAGCGAUGCUGAGAGCAUCUCGGACUGCCCGCCCCUGCGGGAGCUGCUGCUCACGGCCGCCGACCUCCUGGACCUGCGGCUGCCGGUGAAGCUGGUGGUGCUCGGCUCCCCACAGGAGGCCAAUGGGCGCAUCACGGCCGAUGGGGUGGUGGCACUGACACGGGCCUUCCUGGCAGCUGGCGCACAGUGUGUCCUGGUGGCUCUGUGGCCAGUGCCUGUGGCUGCUUCCAAGAUGUUCAUCCAUGCCUUCUACUCCUCUCUGCUGAAUGGCCUGAAGGCCAGCACGGCCCUGGGCGAGGCCAUGAAGGUGGUGCAGAGCAGCAAGGCCUUCUCCCACCCCUCCAACUGGGCAGGCUUCAUGCUCAUUGGGAGCGAUGUGAAGCUGAACAGCCCCUCUUCACUCAUCGGCCAAGCGCUCACAGAGAUCCUGCAGCACCCGGAGCGGGCCCGGGAUGCCCUGCGCGUGCUGCUGCACUUGGUGGAGAAGUCCCUGCAGCGUAUCCAGAAUGGGCAGCACAACGCCAUGUACACAUCCCAGCAGAGCGUGGAGAACAAAGUGGGUGCCAUCCCUGGAUGGCAGACCCUUCUCACUGCCGUGGGCUUCCGGCUUGACCCCCCGGCCAGCGGCCUGCCAGCAGCCGUCUUCUUCCCAACCUCAGACCCAGGCGAAAGGUUGCAGCAGUGUAGCAGCACCCUCCAGGCCCUGCUGGGUCUGCCCACUCCUGCCCUCCACGCCCUGUGCAAGCUCAUCACAGCCUCGGAGACAGGCGAGCAGCUCAUCAGCCGGGCUGUUAAAAAUAUGGUGGGAAUGCUUCACCAGGUGCUGGUCCAGCUUCAGGCCGGGGAGAAGGAGCAAGAUUUCACAUCAGCACCCAUUCAAGUGUCCAUCAGUGUCCAGCUGUGGCGGCUCCCGGGAUGCCAUGAGUUCUUGGCUGCUCUUGGUUUUGAUCUCUGUGAAGUGGGUCAGGAAGAAGUCAUCCUGAAGACGGGGAAGCAAGCCAACCGACGGACCAUGCACUUUGCGCUGCAAGCCCUGCUGUCCCUCUUCGAUUCCACAGAGCUCCCCAAGCGCCUCAGCCUUGACAGCUCGUCCUCCUUGGAGUCCCUGGCGUCAGCACAGUCUGUGUCCAAUGCCCUGCCCCUGGGGUACCAGCACCCCCCGUUCUCUCCCACAGGGGUGGACAGCAUCGCCUCUGAUGCCAUCUCUGUAUACAGCCUGAGCUCUAUUGCCUCCUCCAUGAGCUUCAUCUCCAAACCUGAGGGUGGCUCGGAGGGCGGGGGUCCCCGAGGACCCAAGACUGUGUAUCCACAGCGUGCAACCCUGCCACGGCGCCAGCUGUCCCCCCAGGCCCGGCCUGCUGGCGGCGACAAAGAAGAGGAAGAGUACGAGGGCUUCUCCAUCAUCAGCACAGAGCCCCUGGAUCCCAAGCAGCCCCGAGGAGGCGUGAAGGUCUCUGUCAGCUCCAAGGGGAGCAUCAGCACCCCGAACUCCCCUGUGAAGAUGACUCUGAUCCCCAGCCCCAACUCCCCCUUCCAGAAAGUAGGCAAGCUGGCCAGCUCGGACACAGGUGAGUCGGACCAGUCCAGCACAGAGACGGACAGCACUGUGAAGUCCCAGGAGGAGAGCGCCAAGCUGGACCCCCAGGAGCUGGCCCAAAGGAUCCUGGAGGAGACCCAGAGCCACCUCCUGGCGGUGGAGCGGCUGCAGAGGAGUGGGGGCCCUGAGCGGGAGGAGGGCGGUGUGGUGCCCAGCAGCACCACCGUCUUCCGAGCAUCAGAAACCAGCGCCUUCAGCAGGCCCGUCCUUUCCCACCAGAAGAGCCAGGCAUCCCCUGUCACCACCAAGCCAAAGCCCCCAGCCCGGAGCUCCUCCCUCCCCAAGGUGAGCUCGGGAUACAGCAGCCCUGCGCCCUCGGAGUCGUCCAGCAAGGAGCAGAGCCUGGCCAGCGGCCGCCCAUCACCCAGCUGCGACACCCCAGCGUCUCUGUCAGAGCCACCACUCUUCAGACUCAAGUACCCCAGCUCUCCAUACAGUGCUCACAUUUCCAAGUCACCCCGGAAUGUGUCCCCCUGCUCAGGACACCAGUCCCCCGCGGGCAGCGCUCCGUCCCCAGCACUCUCCUACUCCUCCACAGGCUCCGCCCGCUCCAGCCCAGCCGACGCCCCCGACACAGACAAGCGGAAGCUGGGGGCCAUCGACAAGAAGGUGCAGGCCGUGCACAACCUGAAGAUGUUCUGGCAGAGUGCUCCCCAGCAUCCCCCUGGCCCCAUGAGAAUAUUCCAUGGGGCGCCAGGCACCAUGACAUCCAGGAGAGAUGUCCUCAGCCUGCUCAACCUUUCACCCCGGCACAAUAAGAAGGAGGAGGGUGUGGACAAACUGGAGCUCAAGGAGCUGUCUCUGCACCCAUGCAAUGAGGUGCCCCCCAAAGUCCCUGCCAAUGGCCACUGGUGCCCCGAAACCUCGUCACUGCCCAGCGGGCCUCCCAUGGCAGCCCUCCCUCGCCCCCGGAGACUGCCCACCACCAACGGCUACAAGUUCCUGUCCCCAGGGCGCUUCUUCCCCUCCUCCAAGUGCUAAGCUCUCUCUGCACCCCGACACACACAGCACACAUCGGGCUCCUGCUUCCUCGGCCUCCCCUGCUCCCGCCGGCCUCCCGCCCAGCGCGGGCCAGCCGCACUCAGACUGGCCCACUGGGCACUGCCAUGCCACAAGCCACAAAUCCUGCUCAUGGCUCCUGUGGGCCAUAUUUGCCAAAAGCCAGGACGUGGGUGGGGUGGUGCCAGAGCUCACAGCACUUCUCCCCAACUUGGCCAAAUGUUUACCAUGGAGUGCUCACUUCUCAUGUUUGGUGUGAUUUCACAAAAGGAUUCUGUAUGCGUGGACACGAUCUGGGGUGGAGAGGGGAGGCACACAUGUUUUGCUACAAGGUCUACAUGAGUCUUUUAUACACAGAAGUACUAAAGCUUUUUUAAGGCUUCAGGUGCUGGGGGGUGGGAGUGGGUUUACAUAAAAUCUAAGUUGAAUUCUACAUGAAAGUUUUAUCUUAGCCAAAACCAGAAUGAUGGUGGUUAAAAUGCCAAUGACUGUAACUAAAUUGUAGUGACUUUGGUCUCCUGGUAUUGGAAGCCCACAAUGCAAUAAUUCACCUCCAAAUGCUUCAGCUGCGCUGCGCUGGCCCGGUGCAGCCACACUUGAAUCUUCUCUAACUUACACAGGCAUCUUAGAACUAUGCAACUGAGACUUAAAAUGCAACUUUGUGCUUUUAAACCAUUACUGACCUUUUUUGUACAUGGACAAACAUCUUGUUUCUUAUCAAUAGAACUUUACAAUUUAUAGCUAUUAUUUUUAAAAGCUCAAAAAGGUUUUUACAACAUCAACUUUUGAAUACACAUCCACAAGCAAUUAUCAAGUUUUGGGGGAAAUGACUAAAAUUAUUGUUUCCUUAUUGAGGAGAAAAAAGGAAAGAAAAGGUGCCAUGGUUAGCUAGACUGCUGCAGAACCUCACCUCCGCUCCGGUCUUGUCUACCCGCAACUGGUUUGUACCCCGUUUCCCAGCCCAGGCCCCAAACACCUCCAUCCUAGGAACAAGUAACUUAUUUAAAUAAGGAAAUGAAAUACUGAGAAUCACAGAGCACCCAACCUUUAGCUAACUCUACCUGUCAGAUGCUUGCAUCCUCUAUGGGGCACACCCAGGACCCUG